CGGCCAACGGCCGGGAGCGCGGCUCUGCCAGCGACAGCCACCGGCAGCCACCACACCGGCCCCGAGACAGCAGCUGGGGAGCCCAGAUAGGUCGGGCUGCGUGUGCACACAAGGAUGUGACCUUUACCGGGUUCACCGCCGCCCCAUGCGCUGUGUUUACUACAGCCGGUGCCUUCUGGCUGGUGGCGGCGAUGCCACCGCCUGUCCCCGCAGCCCAGGGCGGCUCCUCCGUGCCGGAGGGGCGCGGGGAGGAGAAGAGGGCCACUGUUCCGCCGGGGAAGCGGGGAGGGAGCAGCCGGACACCCCCUGCGCGCACGGGCACGGCGUCCCGCCUGCCGCAACCGCCCGGACAGCCGGGCCACCGGCCGAGACCUCCGUUGGCUCCCCCGCAACCUCCCGGUCCGCCCCUUCCCCCCAGCCCCGGGAGAGUAGAACAAAAGGGAACGGAGGGACCAAAGGACAUCAACCCCCUCCCAAGGGUCCCCGACCGGGGGUGGCGGAGACACCGCGCCCCGCACGCAACCCUGCCCCAGGGAGGUGGCGCCGGGCUAAAGCUCCAAGACGUGGCGAAAGAGCUCUCAGGAUGCCAGAGCCAGCAAAGUCAACCUCAGCUCCCAAAAAGGGCUCCAAGAAAGCCGUGACAAAGACCCAGAAGAAGGGUGAUAAGAAGCGUCACAAAAGCAGGAAAGAGAGCUACUCCAUCUAUGUCUACAAGGUGCUGAAGCAGGUCCAUCCUGACACGGGCAUCUCCUCCAAGGCCAUGGGCAUCAUGAACUCCUUUGUCAAUGACAUCUUUGAGCGCAUUGCUGGGGAAGCCUCCCGCCUGGCCCAUUACAACAAGCGUUCCACCAUCACAUCCCGGGAGAUCCAGACGGCCGUGCGCCUGCUGCUGCCCGGGGAGCUGGCCAAGCACGCGGUCUCAGAGGGCACCAAGGCUGUCACCAAGUACACCAGCUCCAAAUAGCCAACGUCCCCUGUGCAGCGGGACCGUCGAGCUCCGGGCCCUGCACGCCAGCACGGGUAGGCAGCCAUGGUCUGGGUGAAUGGUCACAGCUAUUAUCCACAGCAAUUCGCAGCCUGGGCAUGGCCCAGAGGAAGAGGAGACAGCAAUCUGGAUGUCGGCUGAUUUUCAUCAUCUGUUCAGGAUGUGGGAAGGAUUUGCCAAGGUUGGUAGUGGAGGCCCCUGCUUUUAUUUUACAUCUCAUUCAAAGGACUGACCAGCCGUGGUAUAUCCUCUCCUCUGUGCUUGGCAAGCAUUCAUGUUUGGCACUGGGAGGGGGGACUGGCAGCAGCAACACAGAGACACCAUCACUGAAGUCUUCCUGUUUGACUGCUUUCUCACAGUCAUCUGAUAUGGGUACUGAAGAGUCAGCGCUGCAUCCUCUCUCUCAGAGCCUGAAUCCCUCCUGGUGUGCAGUGGCUUAGCCCACCCUGUGCUGGCAGAAGUGGCAUCAACAGCUACCAGGCACAUAUUGAUUCAACAGCUAUCUGCUUGACAGCCUGUUUUAAAGAGCAAGCCUGGCAGGCAGGCAGAUGCCCACGUUGAUACCAAGCACUAAUCCUCCUCCUUGCUCCUGAUGGAUGAGCCAUGGAGCAGGAUGAGGGUGCUGGUGCUGGAGCUGCCUCCCACCUUGUGCUGAGGUGGAGGGAUGAACAAGGUGGGAUGCUGGGAGUGGGUCUCUGUCUUUCCUGGCUGCUGCUUUGCCUGCCUUAGGACUUGCUUUAGCAUGCAAGACAUUGCUAAUUCUGCUGCUUUUCAGAGACUUUUCCUGCCUUGAUGCUGCCUGGGUUUUCCCUUCCACCAUAAGUGUGGGCAAGAUGGGGUGGUGCCCAAGGGGGUCCCCUCUCCUGUGAGCAAUAGAGUGGUACAGGGCAAACAGCACAGACGUUUUGGGCAGGGACUGAGGAUUUGGGAAGGCAUCUGGUGUGGGAGCACAGUGGUUAGUGCAUUUUGAGGGGUGGGAGGAAGCUGGCUCCCCACAGAGAUCACUGCAGGCAGCUUGCCUGGCCCUGUCCUCCCUAAUUCAUUCAGCAGUUAGAAAGCAAAAGCAAAAUUGGGGGCUGGGUGGAUGUAUAGGGACACUUGCCUGCAUCCCAGACAUUUAAAAGAUUAAAUAGUUUUAAACUACUUCAGAUACUCCCCAUAUCUUUUCAAAGUCCACAGUAAGGUGAGCAAUAAUAAAAUCAUGAUAAAGCCAUAGAGGUUAAGGGAGGAAUGCCUUUGUUACAGGUUUAUCUUGCCCAGACUGCUGGAUAGCAGAAGGGCCUGUGUAGAACUGGUGUGAAGUUGAAGCUUCCUACUCAAAACACAAAAUUAGCCAACAUUAAAAAAAAAUCAAAGCCUCUGGUAGGCAGUAACACUGAAAUAAAAAAGAUUCAUGUCUAAAAUAACGACAGCUUUCUGCAACUUACUCUGUAAAUAAAAGGAGCAGCAAGGAAAUAGGAUCCAGAACCAUGUGCAGAUUCUCCCUGAGCUUCAGGACCUUGUUUUUAAUUAAAAGGUAAAUUCAUAUCCCAAAAUAGCAGCCAUGCAGUACAUUUCUAGCUUUCCCCUGCAUUUAUCUCUAUCCUGUUUCUUUACACUUUUGAGAGUGAUUGGGACCUUUGGCAAAUUUAUGUUGUUUUUGGAGCUGUGGGGCUCUGCAGCUCCAGAGGAUUCACACUGCAGUCAUUUUUCCAGUUGGUCUGAGGCACAGCGGGCUCGGAAGCCUGAGAGCAGCCUGGCUCUUGUGUGGUCUGUGUGCAGGAGUGUUUUUGGCCAGUUUGCUUCUGGGCUGCUCACACACCCCUGCUCUGGGUGUGAGCACCCCACACUGGAGAGGGGGCUUUCCUCCCACCCUCUGCCCUGAGAUACCCCACAGCUGUGUCUCACAGCCCAGUGCCAGAAGGAAUCUCUGCUGACAGCUCUCAGAAAGAGCAAAGCCCAGCUCCCUGGGUGCCAGCACCCACAGGGAGCAGCUCCCAGCAGCAGCACCUGUAUUCCGUAUCAGUACCAUUGGUAACCUGGGCCUCUUGGCCAGGACACUUUGCAGGUGACAGCUCAGUACUUCCUUUUGUUUCCAAUCAAAUAGUCAAAAUCAGACACCAAAGAUUAACAUGGACCUGCAGUGGACCUAGAGCCACCAUCCUUGGCACCUCUGCCACAAGAAAUCCGGGCAGUGGAUGGUGCAUCAGGGGGACUGUUGGGAGUGAAGGGCUGGAUGGCUUUGCUGGAGCUCUCUUCUUCUGUCCCUAUGAGCUGCAGGUCAGAACUCAUCCCUGUGGGGAGUUCUAUUGAAGGCAGGAAUUGAGAGUGGAAUGAACCCACUGCAGUCCAAGCAGUGUGUUUGAGCCAGGACACACAUCUCCCAGGAUCACCUGGCACAGCCUCUAAGAGCAGAGCAGAGUCCCACUUGAGUCUCUACAGGCUGCAAGAAAUCAGGAAAAUAAAAUGAGGUAUUGGCCCUCCAGGGUCUCCUGGGCAGCUCAGGGAGCCAGGAAUGAGGCUGGGCACGCAGAUGAGAACUCCUCACUCCAUAACUCCAUACUCAGAGUACUGGUCCGUUUUCUUCUGCCACUGUUGUCAUUCUCCAUUUUUGGAGAUUGUUUCAGAGAGAGGAGAACCAGUGAUUUAGAGCUACAAAAAUACUUGAAGGCUUAAAGAAGAUUUUUAUAUUGUCUAAAGCCAAGUGACUGAGACUGAUCAUGUCCAUGCAUUUAUAGUUUAGGUUGUCUUUUUACGCAUCAUUUCCACUUCACUGUCCAUUUGUAUUUUUCUUUUUCACUCACUCCUGACAAUGGAGGAUUGAGGAACUGAUCAAUUUUAAAACAAACCUUUUUAUUUUUUUCCUUUCUUUCAAGCUUUGUUUUAACCCUGUUCUGGUGGCUGCUCUGUUGUACAGAUAUUUGUGCCAGCAAAGGGAAGGGAUGAUCCAGGAAAGGCAAGGCUGGUAUAAGCUAGGACUGACACAGAAAACAUUUGGGAAGUUAAUGUACAGGACACCAUCCACAGCAGUUAAAUGGGAAUUAGUUUUCAUCUGGUGAGCUUGGGCUGAGCCUUAGUAUUAGAGGCAACACAAGGUGGUCUAAAAGUUCAAGGAUUGAUUGUCCACUAAGUAAUCUGAGGUGUGACAUGCUUCACAGUUUCCUGGUAAGAAGGUUUGCUGCAGAAGAUGGAUUCUGCACUACAGGAUCAGUGUUUUUAAAGAAUACAUAUUUCCAGCUCUGGAAUUGAGAAAAUGUUUUAAAACUGAAGAUAAUGUACCAAGCCCCACUGUCCCUACCUGAUUCCUACUGCAGUCCCAAAAGCAUCUCUGGGCCAUGCCUGUGUUUUGCCAAUUGAAGUAAAUCAACUACAGAUAGAAAGUUGGAAAGGAAGAUGAGAAAGGUAAUACAGCCUUGAUACUAACCUCAUAUUAACCCCAAGGAUAUCACUGUCUUUGUUAUUUGUUAUUUGUUUCAAUGUACAAUUUAAAAGAGAAAACAAGCUGCUGUAGAUCUUCUGAUUUUCCACCCUGCUUCCCCAGAAGGGCCUAAAGUCCAUCUGCCUUUCACAGCAGAGUUCAGCCUACAGAGGAGCUGAGUGGCCACCUGCAGGGAGGCUUGCUCCUGCUCAGGACAGACAGGUUUUUAGUCAGGCAUGGGGAAAAGGAGCAAAAACAAGUGUGGAGGAUGAGUGCCUGUCCUGGACACAACUGUGUGCCCCACAAAGGGACACUAAAGAGUCCUUCCCAGAGGAGCUGUGUGGCCUGUGCACUCUUCACUCUGGUGAGAAGCAGCCCUGUGGGUAGCCCCAAGUCCUGCCACCCCUGGAGUAGAGUUUGGCAUGACCUCUGCAUAGCCCUGAGCAUCUGUUCCAUCAUAGCAUUUCCUGACAGUUUACAUCCAGAUCAAAUUGUUUACAGGGAAAGGAAGAAUAGGAGCUGAAUAAUAAAAUUACUGACAGGAUUUGGAGAGUUUCCUGGGACCACCACUUGGGGAGCAAUCUUUCAUGCUUACUCCAUGCAUGGUAUCUCUGUACACAGAGUUUUUCUGACAAUGAGUGUUACAUCAAGUAUGAUCCAUGUUCUAUUGCUGCUGGGUUAUGACUUUCGUGCUAAUUACCUGCUUUCUGUUAAGUGUCUAAAUAAAAUGUAACUUCCAACCUGUUGGAAGUCAAUGG